AUGGAGAACUUGCAAGUUCAAUUGCAGGCAUGGAGAACUUGCAAGUUCAAUUGCAGGCAUGGAGAACUUGCUGCACAACUAUUGGAGCUGGUCAGGCAGACCAUGCUUCACAAGGAGGACAGCAGCAAAGAUGAUGAUGAACCGACACCCAUCAUCAUCAGCAGCGACGACAAUGGCGAUGAUGUGCCGACGGUCCUCAACACAACCUUCUUAGUCCCGAAGACUACAAAGUCAUUGAUCCUGAGGGUCUGCACUCCAAGCAGCCCUUCCACCUGGAUUGUCAAGUGCAGACCCUGCUACAAGGGCAAGAGGACCAACCCAGAGUGCCACCACAAGCACUGGCUCCUGCCCAAACGGGUCAGUAAGUGGUUCAGACUUGUGGCCUAUGAAGACCACUCGGAGGCGCACGCAGAUUGCGUGGUCUACAGGAAGCUUGACGUCUUUGCCCAUCCUCAACACAACCAUCUUAGUCCCAAAGACUACAAGUUUGUUGAUCAUGAGGUCAGGGCAAAGUACUGUGUAGCAUGGCAAGAGAUUGCAAAUGUAGGCAAUGCAACGGCAACCUGUUGUCAACGCAGUGCAACGCCUCUGCCUUCUACCACUGCUCUGACAGCUUGCAACAACUCAAGCAACACCGUUGACGCUCUGGCAUCGAGGAUCAACCUGUCCUUCCAUCGGGUUUGCGCAGCUCUCUCCGGCGUGUCGACUCUUGAUGUCCCCGCCACAAGCAUGAGGAGGGUGCAACGUGCGGCAGAAGAGCUCUUCAACAAGUCGGCCGAAUACUACCGCAACACGAGGUACUCGGAGGCCGAACGCAACAGCCUUCUGGCAGAGCGUUGGGAGCAAGAAGAACUGGAAAAGAUAAAAGGCCCAAGAAAGCAGAUUUGGCAAACCAAGGAGCAGCCACACACUGAAUCAUGUUACAUGAUUGCUAAGCAACACUGCAGCAGCUGCAAUGUCUGUCAUGCAGAAGGCAAGGUCUGCACCCCGCAUGAUCCUGCCAUCUGA